GGUCAAGUUCCUCUCUCGCCUUUCAGCCCUCCGAGUCAAGUAAGCCUUUCUUCCAUCUCUUUUUUCUUUCCUGGUUAUGUCUCCCCUAGGUAGCGAUAGGGUUUCGUCCUCAGAGGACAGCUCCUCUGAGGAUUCCAACUCCUCAUCUUUGACCGGGUCUGCUUCCCCUGGUUCCAGUACCGGUCAGGUUCCAAAUUCUUCUAUACCCAACCCGCAACCAGUUAACCAGAUGCCCGGUAAUGUUCUUUCGGGGAGGGAUGAGCCAGUUGAAGAGGAACCGGGGCCAUAUGACCUUGAAAACGAAACCCGAGAUGAGUGGGAGGAGCGGCUUCGCGAAGCCGGUUACUUUCCGCUCCCCACCUUCUACGUUCUCGAAAUUCCUUCCCAUGUGUCCAAAAUUGCUUUGAACAAAAUUCGUAGAAGGCUCCCGGAGGGGUAUACCCUUUUGUAUGAACACAAUUGGCCCAACAUUGUUGAACCCCACCGGGAGGAUAGGAUAGGGUUCCAUACGAUUUCCCUUGACGCGGGCAUCGUUUUUCCCCUUCGCCCCCUCCUCACCGAAGUCCUACCGGGCGGAACCGGUUGCGAAGGUUUUGUAUACUUCAAAGGCCGCACCGGUAGAAAGUUUAUUUCCGAAGUCCCACAGAGUAACCGGGGGUGGAAGGAAAAGUUUGUUUUCAUCGAGUUUCCCCCUUUCGUCACUCCCCUGGCCGGUCUUAAGUGGAACGACCAUCUUCUUAAUCAAGAGUACGCCGCACCGGCCUCCGCUCCUGACUUGGAAGCGAGUCUCGAGGUCCUCAUGCGCGGGGAUCCUUUCACCGGGAGGGUUUUUCAUUACGGCAGCUGGGUUUGGAGGGUCGAGUCGGGUGGUGAGGGUACCUCCCAGGCCCAUGAAGCAGCGGGGCGCGGGGUACCCUCCCCGGGCAACACUGCAGAGGCCGAGGGCCAGAACCACCCAGAUAUGGAGUUCGAGGAGUAUGCCAUGCCCGAAGAUAAGCCAGAAGGAGAGACCGGUGGUUCUCAGACCGGUACUACCAAGACUUUCACGGUCCAACCCGAGACCGUGGAAGUUCAUGAUUUGGACGACGAGCCCCAUCCCGACCGGUCAAAGGGGGCGGGCAAGGAAAAGACCAGUCGUCGUCAGAAGAAGACCAUUGAAGAGGCCUUUGUCAACCUGGGCCUGAGGCUGAAAGAGAAAGGGGAAAUUGGGCCCCAUACAGUUGAGCAGCUGGGGAUGGGCUCCCUCAGAGGUGGCCCGGUGGAGACCUUCCAGCUUAAGGAAGAGAACAGCCGGCUGAUGGACGAGGUCUCAGAGACGAGGAAGGAGAUGGCGCUGAAGGAAGAGAACUUUCCCGGUCGCGCUGCUGCAUGGGUGGGAGAGAACAAGGCCGAAGCAGCCCGGGUGAUGACUGCCAGCCCGGAAGACACCGUGGAAUCCUUCAAACUCCUUUACCGGGAACCUGAAGGGAGGAAGAUGAUCACCAAGAUUGGCUCUUUUGGAUUCAAAUGCAGCCAGAAGAAAGAUCGGACUGCCUCCCACCGGGUCUUGUUGAAGAGGGAUCCGGAGUUCACCGCUGCUUCCUAUGGCCUGGCGCCUAUUCCAGAAGAAGAACCUACUCCCCCUUUCCCUCUAGAUUAGAAUCUCCCCGGACGUUGCCGAUUGUUUUGUAAAACUUGAAUCUACCUUCAUUUCCCCGGGGAUGCCCGGCGUAUCUGUAAACGCUUAACUUUCUCGUUU